AGUUUGGGACCUGAAGCUUGAGCAAGCUUGAGCACAAGCUUUGAGCCUUGUGAGGUCAGCAACUGCCUGCAUCCCCCCGCUUCCCAGAUUUCUCGAUUUCUGGCCAUUAGCCAUUCGAAUUUGACUUUCAGCCUCUUUCGGUCGCAGAUCAUUUAGCAUUUCUGGUUCGUCACCUUACUCGUGCGCGUGCGCCCGGCGAAUGUGCAUUGGCAUUAUUCCCACAUCAACUAUUCCGUAUACCAAUCAGCAUUUACAGCUCCCACGACAACCCAUUCGUCCUCAAUUCUACCUCUCAAAUAAAAAAAAAUAAAAAACAUCGGAAUCACCUGAGUUCUUUGCGCACCGAGCGCACAAAACACAGCCAACAUGUCUGAAUUCCUCGGUUCACGAAUAUCACUCAUCUCCAAGAGCGACAUCCGCUACUCUGGUGUACUCCACGAGAUCAAUUCCGAGGAGUCAACCGUAUCACUCGAAAAUGUCAGGUCAUUCGGUACCGAAGGCCGCAGGGGGAAGCCUGAGGAGGAGAUCUCUCCCUCUGACCAGGUCUACGAGUACAUUGUCUUUCGCGGCAGCGAUGUGAAGGACCUGCGCAUCGAGGAAACCGCCCCCGCCAAAGAGAACAAGCCUCCUGUUAUGCCCGAUGACCCUGCAAUUGUUGGCGCAAGAGCUCGUCCUGUCGGCCCUCAAGGCCCUCAAGGCCCUGUCCCCGGCCCGCAGAACCCUCCUGGCGGUUUCAACCAACAAUCGCCUUUCCAGCAACAACCGCCUUUUUACCCUCCGGGACCUGGUGGACCAUGGGGAGGCCAAGGUGGUCCUGGCCCCGACCCUCGAUUCGGUGGCAUGCCCUAUCCUCCUCCACCCGGCUGGUUCCCUCCCGGGCAAGGCUUCCCUCCUGGCCCUCCUGGUCCUUUCAACCCUUAUGGAUACCCUCCCGCGGGACCUCAUGGUCACCCUGGUGUGCCUGGACCCAACAUGGGAGGCCCGCCUCAGCAGGAUAAGCCCGCCCCCAUUGGUGCUGGCGCCGCUCCUGGGCCUGACAAGUCUCGGUCUAUUGCGACUUCUUCGCAAGAGCUUGCCGGUGAGCACAGACAAGCCGGACAGCCCCCAAACCAACCCGCAACUGCUUCCGCGCCUACGCCGCCGGUCGAUUCGAAACCCUCUGCCGCUGAGGUAAAGGCUACUGCCGAGUCGUUGGCCGCGAACGCACCGGCCAAAGGCCCACAACAACAGAGAAAUAACGCGCCGACUGGCCCUAGAAACAACCGAGUACAGCCCGCUGUCCCAUUCCCAAACGCUAUUCUUCAGAGGGGCUCAGGGCCACAGGGCAUUCCUCAAACUGCUGCCGUGGCAGCAGCUGUAAAGCCAGCAGAGCCGGCCAAUGCACCAGUCACGGCCGCUUCCCUUCGAGAUGCAACGCAGCAGGCUAAGGCAGCAGUUGCAGUAGCCAUGGCCAAGCUUGAUGCUACCAACGCAGGCUUUGCUGGGCCCUCGGCGAACGGCACAGGGAACGCUGUUGACAACCUCGCCAGCCGGGUGGACGAGAUGAGAGUCAAUGCCACCCGAGGAGGUCCCAACCGGGGUCGUGGCCGUGGUGGCAAUCGUCAGGGAGGCAACGCCAAGGUUGAGGUCCCGGACGCAGAUUUUGAUUUCGGCGCCGCCAACGCAAAGUUUAACAAGCACGACCUUGUCAAGGAGGCCAUUGCCAGCGGCUCACCUUUGGAAGAGGUGCCAACUGGUGUUACCCCCGAGCUUGAGGAGGCUCCCAGUAGCGAGACCGCGCCUCCAGCAUAUAACAAGACCACGUCUUUCUUCGACAACAUCUCCAGCGAAGCCAAAGACCGUGCCGACAGCAGCGGUCCAAAGCCUGGUGGCCGCGAGUGGCGCGGAGAGGAACAGCGCAAGAACAUGGAGACUUUCGGCCAAGGAAGCGUUGAUGGCGGUUUCCGAGGUGGUUACCGCGGCCGUGGUCGUGGUCGAGGCCGUGGUCGUGGUGGACGUGGUGGUUUCAGACCUAGAGGUGAGAGCCAGGGCGCGCCUCAAUAGUCUAGGUCCACGUAACGGAAGGGCAUGGACAUCAGACACGCCUUUGUCAACGAAACUCGAACGGUGUGCCCGUUCUUUUUGUACAGCUUGUAGCAUUACGACAUCAUAUGAGGUUGCUUACGAGGAUCACAAAAUGAAAAGGCGUCAGGUGGUUUUGAUGGUGGCCGAGGAUUUGCCAAAGGCGACUGGGAUUGAACAUAUACACGCCGGUCCGUAUUUAUUGGCUUGAUGGCGAUCUUCCUUACCAAAGCGGUCGGUUUGAACGCAUAGCUCAUGCAGCGUUCUCAAAAAUAAAAGCCACAAACCACACAAACCAGUCGGUACAGAAAACGAUUCGUGAUAAACAAUGGCUUGAAAUUGCUGUGGCCUCCACAUGACACCCAUGCUGACUUGGGCAUCAGUGGCUUCCAUUGAUGUGCCGCACAGAUGAAACGACUAUAUACCUGCUGUUAUAAGUUUAUGAUGCUUUUCUACUCCCAAUCUGUCAUUUCCGUGAAUA